UGCCAAUUGCAACCGGUUACAAGGUCAGGCCCGGUCCGUUCGAGAAAGACCAACGUGCAUAAGCAGUCUUUUUCAAUUAUAGAAUCAUCGCCAUCUCAAAUUGGAAAAAUGGCAGAGGGCACCGUGCAGUUUGACGUUCCCGGCCUCUCCAAGCCUUGCCAUACCUGGUACAAGAUUGUCGGCGAUCUCGAGUCAUCUGCCCCUCCUCUAGUUGUGCUACACGGAGGACCCGGAGCAUGCCACGAUUACCUGCUGCCAUUGAGCGAUCUUUCAUCCUCUAGGCCGCUUAUCUUUUACGACCAAAUCGGAAACGGCCGCUCGACCCAUCUGCCAGAGAAAAAUGGCGACGAAGCCUUUUGGUCCGUGGAUUUGUUCAAGAAUGAGCUCGACAAUCUCAUCGCUAAGCUGAAGCUCAAUUCGCGACCCAUUGACGUCUACGGACAUUCGUGGGGCGGCAUGCUUGCUGCAGAGUGGGCGUCAACGCCAACGAGUUCGGGGAACCUCCGACGCCUAGUCCUCUCCAACAGUCUGGCUAGUAUGGAUACGUGGCGAGAAGGUAUUAACACUCUGAGAAAGCAACUCCCCAAGGACGUCCAGGAAACUCUUGACCGCGCAGAAGAGAAGAAGGAGUUUGAGACUCCGGAGUACGAUGCAGCCAUGGAAGUCUUCUACAAGCAGCACUUCAGCCUCGCAAGGCCGUGGCCGGCGCCGGAAGUUCAGGCUGCUCUUGAUUGGUUUGCCAAAGACUCUACGACAUACGGCACCAUGUACGGCCCAAGCGAGUUGUACAUCUCUGGCUCCCUUCGCGACUGGACUUGUAUUCCGUUGCUGCACAAAAUUCAGGUACCGACACUCCUGAUCAAUGGAGCACAGGACGAAGCACAGGAUGUCACAAUGCAGCCAUUCUUCGACGAGAUCAAGAAGGUCAAAUGGAUCACGUUGGAUAAUGCUGCGCAUUUCUCACACGUCGAUCAACGGGAGGUCUAUAUGAAGCAUCUAGGGUCCUUUCUGGCGGCCUAAAUAGCCAUAUCAAUGUCGCCCAGAUUGCAGUUGAGAGUGUUAAGUUAAUACUUACCUAGGUAGAUACAUAGGUAUUGCAAGAUAUUUUUACUUUAGACACUAGGCUAGAUGACUAGGGUUACGAUACUCUAUACCGUGUC